AUGUCAGGAAGAGGAAAAGGAGGCAAGGGUUUGGGAAAGGGUGGAGCCAAGAGGCACAGGAAGGUGCUCAGAGACAACAUUCAGGGCAUCACGAAGCCGGCAAUUCGCCGUCUGGCUCGCCGUGGCGGAGUGAAGCGUAUUAGCGGGCUCAUCUACGAGGAGACUCGCGGCGUCCUCAAGAUCUUUCUCGAGAAUGUUAUUCGUGAUGCAGUAACCUACACUGAACACGCUCGCCGCAAAACCGUGACGGCGAUGGACGUCGUUUACGCGCUCAAGAGGCAAGGCCGCACUCUAUACGGCUUUGGAGGAUAA